UGUUUUUCUCAGAGACACGAAAAGAAAGAAAACAAUACUAACACUAGAACAAAUAGAAUUUGAAAGAUUCCACUUUGAAAAAGGAGAAACACAGUUUUGGAAAAUGGAGUCGCAGAUCACACGUCCUUAUGGUCAUGAUCAAGCUGAGGAUCCAAUUAGAAUUCACCAUCCAGAGGAAGAAGAGCAUCAUGAGAAGGGAGCAUCUAAAGUGUUGAAGAAAGUAAAGGAGAAAGCUAAGAAGAUCAAGAACAGUCUUACUAAACAUGGCAAUGGUCAUGAUCAAGAUGUAGAAGAAGAAUAUGAUGAGUAUGAGGAGCAAGAUCCAGAAGUUCACGGUGCACCAGUUUAUGAAUCCUCUGCUGUGAGAGGUGGUGUAACGGGUAAACCUGAGUUUUUAAGUCAUACCGGAGAAACUAAUGUUCCGGCACCAGAUGAGAUCGUUCCUCCGGGGACAAAGGUUUUUCCUGUCGUGUCUUCCGAGCACACCAAACCCAUUGAACCUGUAUCCUUACAAGAUACCUCUUACGGACAUGAGGCGCCCUCUUAUGGACAUGAGGCGUUGUCUGAUCCUGUAAGAACGACGGAUACGCCUUACAGAGACGAGAGAAGAGAGGCACCAACUCAUCAUCCUAAUCAUCCUCUCGGAGUGCCCGAAUCAUUGGACAGAGAUCAGAGCAGAGAAGCUCAUUACGAGUCAUUGAACACUCCUGUGUCUCUGCUUUCUGCAACAGAGGAUGUGACGAGGACGUUUGCUCCUGGUGAAGAUGAAUAUCUCGGUGGUCAACGUAAAGUAAACGUUGAGACUCCGAAAGGACUGGAGGUAGAUCCGGCUGGACCAGGUGGCGGAUCAGAUUAUCUUAGUGGUGCUUCUAAUUAUCAGUCCAAAGUCACUGAUCCCACGAAAGAAGGAGGUGAAGCUGGAGUACCAAAGAUUGUUGAGUCUCUUGGUAGAAUGAAAGUGACAGACGAGUCUCCUAGUCAGAAAACAGAGCAAGGAUUCGAAAGAGACUCGCCGACGAAAAGCCAAGAAUUUGGUCUGAAGAACGAACCUGGAAUCACCAAAGAUUCGCCGGCGAGAUUUGGAGGAGAAUCAGGAGGUGGACUUGAGGAAAGUUUUCCGGCGAGAAAUGAUGAUGUGAAAGUAGAGAUAGGGUUGGGAAGAGACUUGCCGACGGGAACUCAUGAUCAGUUCUCACCGGAACUUUCACGUCCUAAAGAGAGAAGUGACUUUGAGGAGACUAGAGAUGAGACGACACCGGAGACAAAACCAAGUACUUAUACAGAGCAGUUGGCUUCAGCUACUACGGCCGUAACAAACAAAGCUAUAGCGGCGAAGAACGCCAUGGCCUCGAAGCUAGGUUACACAGGAGGAAGCGGGAGUGAGCAAUACGAGAGCCCCGUAAAAGAUGAAACUCCGAGAUCAGCUACGGGUUACGGGCAAAAAGUGGCGGGAACUGUUGCUGAGAAGUUGACUCCGGUCUACGAAAAGGUCAAAGAAACAGGAUCAACCGUGAUGACGAAACUGCCCCUCUCCGGAGGUGGGAGUGGAGUGAAGGAGACGCAACAAGGGGAAGAGAAAGGUGUGUCGUCGGCUAGAGAUUAUCUGUCGGAGAAGCUGAAACCUGGUGAAGAAGACAAAGCUUUAUCAGAAGUGAUAGCUGAGAAACUUCAUUUUGGUGGAGGAGGAGAAGAGAAGAAGAAGACAACGGCUACAAAGGAAGUGGAAGUGACGGUGGAGAAGAUCCCUACCGAGAAGAUAUUGGAAGAUAAAGAACACGGUGAGGCAUUUGCAAAGGAAGGCAAUGGAGGAGGAGGAGGUAUGGUGGGAAAAGUUAAAGGAGCGGUCACUUCUUGGCUCGGUGGUUCGAAGGAGGAGGUGAAGCCGAAGUCGCCUCAUUCAGUUAAAGAGUCUCCACAAUCACUUGGCACCACUGUUGGGACUAUGGGCUUUUCAGAUUCCAGUGGAAGUGCUGGUGGAGCUAGGGGAGUUCAAGAUGCUGGGAACUAAAGAUUUAGGCUUUUGCUUUUGAAUGUUUUGUUUAUUGUGUGUGUUUUUGUUUGAUGCCCUCUUUGUCUUUUGACUUUGAUGUAUUUUGAUCUUUAUGUGAAAAAGAGAUUGUGUUAAUAAACUCUACUUUGCAAGUUAGCGUCAGAUUUUAAUUAA